AUGACGACUGAAUCCCCCGUUAAGAGACAACUUCACAGUGCUAUCGAGCGUCAGCACGACCAAUACUCAGGCCAAAGCGCUCUUUCCACCAUAGGCAUGCGUAUUCGCCAAUCCAUCGACCAGGGUUACCAGGUGCCCCGCGCCCCUGCGCCUGCGCAAGACAGCACGUUUUCCAACCUGUGUGUACAGGAUAACUCAAGGUUUACAAUCCCUGAGUACAAGCGUGUUCCCCUUCCUUCCGCCAAGCAGGCUCCUAUGCUUGUCAACGAGCGCACGGUGUCCAGCUCUAGUUCCCUCGAGAUGUGGGAAAACCAGCUCGAAGAGCGUCUCGAACACAUCGACAAUGACAUCAUGCGCAACAAGCUCGGUGCUGGUGACCUCAUGCUUGGUACCAAGCGCGGCUUCGCUGAAGUCGACGAGUGGUGA